AUGGAUGCAUGCCACCUUCUCUUGGGGAGGCCAUGGCAAUAUGACCGACAUGCUAUGCACAACAGGCGAGCAAACACUUAUUCUUUUAUGAAAGAUUGUGUCAAGUUCACACUAGCGCCUCUACCACCCAGUGAGAUUGGCCAAUCUUCAAGGGAAUCUAGUGUCUCUAAGCCGUUAGUGUCUUUGUUAACUAAGGAGGAAUUCAAGGUGUCAAAAUCUGAAGCCCAAAUGAUGAGCUUUAUUCUGGUGCUUGAGGUGAACGAUGAGACGGCCAAUCCACCUAGAGUCAUUCCGCUAUUGUCAGAAUUUCCAGAUGUAAUAUCUGAUGAGAUACCACCAGGGUUGCCUCCAAUGCGAGACAUACAGCAUGCCAUUGACUUCAUUCCAGGAGCAGUCAUUCCUAAUAAGCUUGCUUACAGGAUGAUACCUAAGAAGGAUGGAAGUUGGAGAAUGUACAUUGACUGUCGAGCCGUCAACAAGAUCACUAUUAAGUAUCAAUUUUCGAUACCUCAGCUUGAUGAUAUACUGGACCAGUUGCAUGAGGGUGUUUGCGUUGAUCCAAGCAAAGUUGUAGCCAUUGACAACUGGCCAAUUCUAAAAUCUAUCCAGGAGAGGAUACUAUGGAAGAAGAUGGAAACUAAGCUCCAGUUUAGCAGCGCUAGUCAUCCCCAGACAGACGGCCAAACUGAAGCAAUAAACAGGAUUCUUAGUAAUCUUCUUCGUAGUUUCAUGGGAAAGAAUUUGAAGCAGUGGGAUCUCAUUCUUGCUCAAGAACAAUUUCCUAAACAACCAAAUGCUAAGCUGUCCCCGAGAGCUGAUGGUCCGUUCAAGAUAGUGCAAAAGAUCAACAACAAUGCUUACAAGGUGGAAUUACCUGGUUCUUACGGUGUAUCUGCCACCUUCAAUGUCACUGAUCUAUCUUCGUACAUUGAUAAAGAUAAUGAAUUUGACUCGAGG